GUUUUCACAGGUAGUUGGUUCUGUGAAAUCUCAUUUUAUUUCAGGUUCUAAACUUCAUCGUUUUUCAUUCUGGUGUGCCCUUGUUUGCUUAUCACUUACAUUGGUAACGACUUUAAUACUGUUUUCUCUAAUAUUGGAUAAUUAUAUUCAAUCGGAUUAUCAGCUUCUUCACUGGCAUGUUCCUGUUACUACCCCAGCAGCUCCUCACCUUUUAUGCGUUUUAGUACCAUAUCGUGAUCGUGAACGGGAACUGAAUGUCUUUGCACCUUAUAUUCAUGACUUCUUAAACAACCAAAAUGUUUUGCAUCGAAUUAUUGUUAUCAAUCAGACUGACGAAUAUCGAUUUAACCGUGCUUCGCUCAUCAAUGUUGGGUGGUUCGAGGCUGAUCGACUUGGAUGCGAUUAUCUGGUUAUGCAUGAUGUGGACCUCUUACCACUAAAUUCUGAGUUGGAUUAUACGUUUCCUGGAUAUGGUAUUGUUCGUCACAUCUCUUCGCCUGAAUAUCAUCCGAGAUAUAACUACACGAAGUUUAUUGGUGGCAUUUUAAUGCUUACAUUGAAGGACUUUAAAUUUGUCAACGGUUUGUCUAAUAAAUAUUGGGGUUGGGGCCUUGAAGACGAUGAAUUUUAUUUAAGGCUCAGAGAUGCAGACUUGAUUCAAAGUUUACAAAGGCCAAAGGGUCUCACUACAAGUCGCAGGAACACUUUCCGCCAUAUUCAUGACCCUAGAAAACGGAAGCGAGAUUUCGCAAGGAUAGGGAAUCAGAAGGAGAUUUCUCGUAGACGUGAUACCUAUAGCGGCCUAAAUAACGUGAGAUACCGUAUUAUAUCUCGGUCCCUGCGUCGUUUUGAGAACGGAGGGCAUUACCAAGUCUUAAAUGUUAGGCUGUUCUGCGAUCGCAAGUGGACGCCUUACUGUCUUUUUCCAGUGUCUGUAACAAAGCGAAGUUAA